AUGAAGAUCCUUGAAUCGCAGGCGGCUGUUCUCACCAAUUAUGAGGUGUUUCAGCAUGUCACAGAACAACGCGAACGAUACAAGAGUGCUAAGCGUCGGGGUCCCCCCAAUUUGGAGACGGUGGUUCGCGAGCUUCUCCAGUACCUUCGCACCAAUCCCGGCCCUCUAAGUCAAGAGCCGCUGCCCUACUCUGAAGGCUGCGUUUCUACCCUUCUUCAGCGCCUGCGCCCUUACAGCCUUGCCAAAGGUGAAGUUGUCAUGAUCAUCAACCUGCGACCUGCCUCAGUCGCUGCUCUCAAUACGGUUGUUGAGGAGAUGUCUGAACGUUUCAACGAGGAGCAGCAGGAAGCCAUGGUCAACAUCAUUGCCGAAGUCCUCGGCCAGUUCCCUGCCCCUGAAGAGGGCGCCGAAGAAGAAGGCGGUGCUGAUGUCUCUAUGAACGACGCCGCUGCCUGA